GACGAUCGACGUAUAUAGUUGCUCCUAGUGUUCCACUCAAUCUGACGAAAGGGGAAAGAACAACGACUAUUUGCUUCGAAUUUCCGAAGUGAUAAAUUUAUAAUGACUUGUCUUCAGCACGACAACGGUCGAUUUCGUCUCCUCUUUUCUUGCUUCGUAAUGCUUCGUCGAAAGUUGGAUGUUCGUCUCUAACCUAGGUAAGAACAGAUCGGUGGUUUASUCUUCUCUGUSUCCCGUGCGUCGUGGAUUGUAUGGUCCGUUUGAUGUUGUUUUUGAAAGUGGUCCUAUCGUUGUCUACUGCCGACACAACGGUCUGCACUCGGUCUUUCCUGACAGUUGCGAGUGUGCGAGAAAACAAAAAUGCUCUCAACCAAAAAAUAAACUUCAAAUCGUGCGAAGAAUGGAAGUGUAGCGGUAGGUACCAAGUAUGUGUACUCUACAAUGACAUGAAGAAUAUGACACUGACGUUCACUGCAUACGGUAAGAUGUACGGUACGGUAAGAUAAGAAUUCUAACCGACGACGAACGAAAGGACUAACGAAGUAUUUUCUUCAUUCAGUGCUCCGAAUAAGAAGACUUGUCCAGUGCCCUCAAAUCUUUGGUGUACCUGAUCUUUUGAUUGAAUCGUGCCAUUGUUUUCCUCUUGAAAAGUUCUACCGUAUUACAGUAUCUUCUUUUGCUUGGGCGAAAGAAACAAACAUAMCGUAAAAWAUGUGCUGCCGGUACGAAACUCGUGCUCCGUGAAUCCAUAAGAAAAUAGAAAAGUCAAACAAGUAGAAAACAAUGGGGAGUUCCAGUAGCAAAACGGAGGCACAAAACAAGAACAGCAAGUGCCAGGAUGACUUCGGCACGAAGGUACGAAAUGCGGUGAACGACGAGAUUGCGAGGAGAGCGAUGAUGCAGCGCGAAAUCCAAAUGGCAGUGAACAUUGCAAGGACAAGAGACAUCCUUUGUGUUUUUGGGACUGCCUGGGGAUUCCUCACUGCCGGUGUGGUCACGGCAAAGGCCCUGGGAAAGAAGGUUCCUCCGGUGGCGGGAGUUCCCAUCGUCGUCGGGGGCCUUGUGCUCGGAAAUUUCUACGACCUGGCCUACGGGAACAAAUUACAGCGAGUCGUCAAGGAGGCCGAGCACAUCUUGGAGCACGAGCGMGGGCGCUUUGUGCCAUUCAAGCAGGCGCCGUUCUCGAAAUUCUACACAGACGAAGAGCGCGCAGCCUUGUUCGAGUCGGCUUCGGCGGUAGGGGACUUGUUUCCAAACUCGUUCUAUGCGCCCCGGCAGGGUCUKCCCCCGCCACCAACGCCGUCAGGCAAAGAAUGAAACUAAGUGAAACAGAAACAUGAUCAUUGCAAAAAAGCCACGAGCAAACAUAUUGUCUGAAAAAUCAUUGACACGGGGAACUUUUUCACAAUGCAUUGUACUACCUAGUAUAAACUAUAUAGAGUAUU